AUGUCAGCUGCUUCCUCACCAGACCCUUCAAAAGUUGCUGAGAGACUACAGAAUAUAUCCUUAGAUUCUGAGUCUAGGACGGUUGUGGUUCCUGAGGCCCCUAAGAAUGGACAUGGUGCUGCUAAUGACGGGCCCAAGCCAUUUAAUCCAAAUGCGAGUUUUGUGCCACAUGUGCACCCUUCUACUGCAUACUAUUAUGGAGGUUAUGAAGGGCAAAACAACUAUGAAUGGAAUCCUUAUAACAGCUAUGUGAACUCCAAUGGCGGGCUGGCACAAGGUGUUUACGGAGAUAGUGGUUCUUACAUGUACCCUCAAGGUUAUGGAUAUGCACCAUAUGGAUCCUAUCCAUCUCCCAGUUCAUCUCCAUCCCUUCCACCUGAUGAAGCAAUUUAUGGGAUCCAACAGUACCAGUAUCCUUCUUACUAUCAUCCUCCAGCUUCUGCCAAUGGGACAUAUGGUGCCAACAAAAUAAAUGGUCAUGGAGGGAAAACUUCAACUGAUGUUACUGCUGAACAUGUCCCUACAUCAGUUAUAAAUAAAGGAAACGCCUCUACUGUGACAAAUGGAUAUUCUUCAAAUAACAAUGGGUCAAAUGAUUCUUACCAAAGGGCUGGCUUUCCCGUGGCUGAAUAUCAAGAUCUAAGAGUAGGUACUCAUGGGACUCAGCCAUCAUACCCUUCGGAUCCCUCGUUAUUUUCCGACAGGCAGUCCAAACAUGGAGCAAAAUUCGGAUUAUCUUCGCCAGCUAUGCCUGCCAAAGAUUUUAACUCUCAAAGGAAUACCAAUUUUCCCCAGCCACUUCCACAAUUCACAAACAUGUAUGGUUCCAUGCAUUCAUCUGGACUGGGACUGUCUUCUGGAUAUGCUAUUAAUGGGAUGUACCCAAGCAACACGGCGUACAGCCAAUAUGGAAACACAUACAGAGCUAGGUCAAAUUUUGGAUCUACUGCAUAUGGAUCCAGAGCAGGUUCUUAUGAUAACAAGUUUAAAACCUCAAGUUAUGGCCGAGGUUUUGACCAUGUCAAAAAAAACACUGAUGGCUUUGGUGAGCUGAACAAGGGACCAAGAGGUUCCAAUAGUUCUGAUGAUAAAAGUGUCAAAAGUCUUGGACCUGUCACAUUAUUACUCAAGGGUCAGGACCUUCCUAUCAAGAGUGAUGAUAAUAAAGAAGUGCAUCCAGUUCCCAACAAGCAACAGUUCAACGGGGAAGAUUUAUCUGAGAGUUAUUCUGAUGCUAAGUUUUAUGUCAUCAAAUCUUACAGCGAGGAUGAUAUUCAUAAAAGUAUGAAAUACAAUGUGUGGACAAGCACCCCCAAUGGCAACAAGAAGCUAGAUGCAGCAUAUCAGGAUGCCAAGGAGAAGCCUGGUGACUGUCCCAUAUUUUUGCUAUUUUCGGUCAAUACUAGUGGACAGUUUGUUGGUUUGGCAGAAAUGGUGAGUCCAGUUGAUUUUGACAGAACUGUAGAGUAUUGGCAGCAGGACAGGUGGACUGGUUGCUUUUCUGUGAAGUGGCAUAUCAUAAAGGAUAUCCCAAAUAAUGUGUUGAGACACAUAACACUAGAAAACAAUGAAUACAAACCUGUUACAAACAGUAGAGACACUCAAGAGGUCAAGUUUGAGAAGGGUAUUGAAAUUCUCAAAAUCUUCAAGGAGUAUUCAAGCAAAACCUGCAUUCUGGAUGAUUUUGGAUUUUAUGAGGCUCGCGAAAAGACAACUCAGGAGAAAAAAGCCAAGGAACAAUUGCUCACAAAAGAGAUGGUCAGCAAGUCCAAUGAUUUAACAACUGUUGGAACAGACAUAUUGCCCAAAUCCCUUGAUGGAACUUUGACGAAUGAAUCAGCUAUUCCGGAUGCAGCAGAAAAAAAGGAGGAUCUUACAGAAGGGAAUGGACUUACUUCACCUCCUGAACCACCCGCAGACUCUUCGAAUAGCAGCUUAACCGGUGACAAAACCGGUGAAGAAGUCAAGCCGUAG